GCCGCCGGGGCACAUCAGGAUCGCGGCGCCAUGGUGGCCCGGAGCACGGACAACAUUGAUACAACGGGAGAAGGUCAAGUCCGCUCGCUGGGGAAUGCAAGCAGUAACAUCAAGGGGAAGCCAACCAAGAGACUUUCUAUCACACGAGGCCACUUCCCCAAGCUGACCGAAUGUGCUCAUUUCCACUACGAAGCUCUUGACUUUGGACACAUCGAGCUGCAGCUUGCACCCGAGCAGAAUGAGAAUCUCAGUCACUUGGAGGAGGGAGAGGUGCUGUUUGAUGUGCAGGUCACCUGCCAGGGCAAGAGCUGGCAAGUGCACCGCAGUUACGAGGAAUUCCGCACCCUGGAUGCCCACCUCCACUGCUGCAUCUUCGACAGGCGCUUCUCUCAGCUUCCCGAAUUGCCGCCCCUCAGCCACAUGCGGGCCCACCCUGAGCUGCUGGUGCCCAUGCUUUCACAGUACCUGGAGAAGCUGUCAGCCAUUGUGGACAGCAACAUCAACUGUGGACCGGUCCUCACCUGGAUGGAGAUUGAUAACCAUGGCAACCGACUGCUGGUCAAUGAGGAAGCUUCUAUCAAUGUUCCUGCCAUUGCAGCUGCCCAUGUGGUAAAACGCUACACGGCGCAGGCAUCCGACGAGCUCUCCUUUGAGGUUGGAGACAUCAUCUCCGUGAUUGAUAUGCCCCCCAAGGAGGACAGGAGCUGGUGGCGGGGAAAGCAUGGAUUCCAGGUGGGGUUCUUCCCCAGCGAGUGUGUGGAGCUGUUCUCAGAGCGCCCCAGCCCAGGACUCAAAACAGAUGCAGAAGGGAUGAGCUGUGGCAUCCCCGGGCCCCCAGGCCUCCUCUCUCCAACCUCAGUGUCCAAGAAACAUGGCAAGCUCAUCGGGUUCCUUCGCACCUUUAUGAAGUCCAGGCCCAGCAAGCAGCGCCUGAAGCAGCGUGGGAUCCUCCGAGAGAGGGUGUUUGGCUGCGAUUUGGGCGAACACCUCAAGAACUCAGGCAACGAUGUCCCCCAGGUACUACGGUCCUGCUCUGAUUUCAUCGAGAAGCAUGGCAUUGUGGAUGGCAUCUACCGUCUCUCUGGAGUCUCCUCCAACAUCCAACGGUUGCGGCAUGAGUUUGACAGUGAGCGAGUGCCCGAGCUCUCCAGGGACGUCUACUUACAAGACAUCCACUCUGUCAGCUCUCUUUGCAAGCUGUACUUCCGGGAGUUGCCAAACCCGCUGCUCACCUACCAACUCUACAACAAGUUUGCUGAGGCCGUGUCUGUUUCUGGGAACGAGGAUCGCUUGGUGCGAGUGCACGACGUCAUUCAGCAGCUGCCCCCACCGCACUAUAGGACCCUGGAAUUCCUGCUGCGGCACCUGGCCCGCAUGGCUAUGCACAGUCAAAACACCAGCAUGCAUAUCCGCAACCUAGCCAUCGUUUGGGCACCCAACCUGCUGCGGUCGAUGGCUCUGGAGGUUGUCGCACAGUGCGGUGCCGAUGCCUUCCAGGAAGUCCGAGUCCAGUCCCUCGUGGUUGAAUUCCUCCUCAACAACGUUCAGGUGCUCUUCAGCGACACUUUCACCUCCGUCGGAAAGGACAGCGCAGGGCGCUGCUUCCUUCCCCGACCCAAAUCCCAGGUGGUCAGCUGCCCCUCCACCCGAUUGCUGUCUCUGGAAGAAGCACAGGCACGGACCCAGGCCUUAUGCAAGGCUACCAAGCCAGAGGCUAAGCAGGGAUCCAAUGAUCUGCAGGGGCAAGGGAAGCUUUCUUCUGUGUUGAGCUCACCUGACACCAGGCAAAAGGCAGAAAGUAAUGGGAGGCUGCGGAAGACGUCAGGUCCUAGCUGGAAGGCCUUCUUCGCUAUUGGCAAAACGCCGGUCACGUUUCGCAAGAAAUCACACCGCCUCGGAGACCUUUUUGGGCUUGGAGAGUCUCUGCCAGGGGGCCAGCCUGAGACUGUCACCUUGCGAUCAGCCAAGAGUGAGGAGUCCCUGACAUCGCAGGCCAGUAUUGCAGGCCUCCCCAAGCUGCCUUGCCUGCGACGUCCACACUCCAGCAGCGAUGCCUUCCCUACCCUCAAACCGUGCCGCUCAUGCUCCUCUCUGGGCUCCUCCGUGUCUGGCCGUGGCGAGGGUCUGGUGGCUGGGGCGGCAGAUGUGGCCGCCCGGCGCCGCUCCUCCUGGCUGGAAGGCGACUCGGAGCUGGACUCGGAGUUGGAGCUCAGCCCCCCCGGCCUCCGCGGCCUGGACUUCGACCCGCUGACCUUCCAGUGCAGCCCCCCAGCUCGGCGGCCCUCACUCUCGGACGACUCCGGGCCUCCGAGCCCCGGGCGGGCACUCUCUCCCUGCUCGCCCCCCACGAUCGGCAAGGAUACGUCGGAGCCACUCCCCGUCUCCCUCCCUGAAGAGAUGCUGGAGAUGUUCGCCGGGGGCGAGGCCAGGGGCCCCAGCGGGCAUGCCUCUCCGCCGCACAUGAUCUCAAUGCUGCUGUGUGCUGCUGGCGGGCAGCUGAGCGACAGCUGCGAGCGUGAAGUCCGCUGCAAGAUCACGCAAGCCAAAGGCCGCACGUCGCCACUCAGCCCGAAGGCCGAAGCAGCUCCCAGCUCCCCCGGCGUGCUGUCUGUGCUGCGGCACAUCCCGCCUCCGCCUCCCCCCAAAAACCCAGCUCGGCUGAUGGCGCUGGCGCUGGCCGAGAGCGCCCACCAGGCGGUGCUGCAGCAGAAGCGCCAGAAGCAGACUGGGCGUGGGCAGCGAGAACCCCGGACGCAUUUCCGACGCUCCCUGUCGCUGGAGUGCAAGGCGGGAGAGAUGACGAGUGGAGCGCGGGCGCUCUACUCCAUGGUGCGCCCCAGUCCCAAGGCCCCCGGUCCUCCGGCCCUGCAAGGCCAGGCCAGGGGCAGGAGCAUCAGCAGCCAGUUCCGCAGCCGCCAGGGGGAAAGCCAGGUGCCUCUCAGCCAGGCGUCCCCCCCAAGCAGCUCGGAUUCCUUUUCCCCCUACCGGAGGGUCCUUGCUGACCUCGCCCAGAGAGACCACCCUUCGCAGUCCUUCUCGGAUCCCUACCACCUGUCCUCCCCGUCUUCUGCCUCACCAGGUGCCUACAGCUUCCGCCACCAGCCGCCUCCCCUGCCUGUGCCCUGCCCUGCCCCCCGCCAGCCUCUAGACGCCUACCCCAUGCCCAGCCAGCCUCUUGCCCCGCCAAAGCCCCCGCCUCCGCACUUCCCCUUAGCCGCCGGCCACUUGCCCCUCAAGAGCAGGCCCCCUGCUUUCCAGGCCUACCUCCCGGACCACCAGCUCCGGCACCACGGCCGUUUCCCGGCCACCUCCCGGGUGGGGGUCAACGGGACCCCCCCUCCUCCCCAGCUGGAGCACGAAAAUCUCUACUAUGAGAUUGUGGGGGAGCCUCCUGCGUACCCAGGCCUGGCACGGCCCUGGCCUUCCUGCCCUCCCCCAGAGUAUUUGGCCACCUUCAACGCUUCUUAUGGGGUUUUCGAGCGGCCAUGGCGCCAGCCCCUCCUCCCCCCAGCGCCCUCCUCCCUCCAGCCCAUCUUAAAGAACCCCCGGGCGCACGCCCAGCCCACGCCUCCCGUGACGGCCCGCCAAGAGCCCAUCUACGUCAACAUACCCUUCCCUGAGCCCCCGUCCACUACCCCUCCGCCCUCCCCGCCACCUGAAGCGGCACACCCCCGGAGCCACUCCGACCCCGGAGCCCCUCAGCCUCUCUCACACCACAGCAGACCUCCGUUGCCUCAGAAGCAGAGGCUCGGCUGGGGGUAUCCGGCCACGGGGCAGUACCGCCACCUCAUGGAUGCUUUGCCCUGCAGCCGUACGUUGUUGCAGCUCUACCGCCCGCCUCCGGCCUGCUGGGGCCGCUCCCCCUACGGCCCGGAGCCCAUCAUCACCUACGACGGACCCCCUGCCCGCCCGGGGAGCCAGGCCUCGGCACCUGCCUCGUCUCUACGGAAGCUGGAUGAGUCUCCGCCGCAGUACGGCAACGUGGAGAGGAGGGAGGGGUCUCCGUCUGGGUGCUACCUGGGGCCCAGCUGGACCGUGUACACAGAGGGCCAGACGCACAGCUACUGCUGAGAAGGCCGCCAGCCUUGGAUUCUCGGGGCUGGGCUCCGGGUCCUUGCCCCCUCCUCUCCCCCACCGGUGUUUAUGGAAUUAUAUUGUGGUACUGUUUGCUGUGGGGAGGGCGUGGGGGGAGGGGAUGUGGGUGUUGGAAGGAAGGAUGCGUCGCUAUCGGUCCCAGGAACGUCGUGCCCAGGCCCCUCGCUGGCUGCUGCGCCUGCCUGUUUCGAGGACUGGCCUGUGGUAUUGUUUUGAGAGCACACAGAUCUCCAAAGGCAGCUGCGGAACCCUGCAUGAUGUCCCCCACACUUCGACCGGCAUGACAUCAUGGCAGAGCCUUUGAGUGCAUCGUUUUAAGCCUCUUUUUCGCCGUAAUGGCUGUUUAUGUUACGCUCCAUGCUAUGUCUCUCAUCCCCGCCCCCCCCAAUCUCCACUGCCAGCAGUGGAUUCUUAGCACCUCCAGAGGAGGUCCUUCAUCUCCAGUGCGAUGGGCACAGUGAUGUGGCUGAACCCCACCCCUGGAUGAUGUCACCUGGUUUGCUUCGGUAACACUGCCUCUAAGAUGAUGUCUUGGGGAGCCGAAUGAUGAGGCUGGCGGUGCUCCUGGAGGUGCAGUUCCCUGAGCUGGCACAGUGGGGCGCUGUUCACUUAGCUAUGCUAUUGCGUGACAUCACUGGGUGAUAUCGCAGGCUCUUUGAAAGCUGGGGACGGACGGCACACUGAUCACUCCCCUUUAAAAAAAAACGUCGAGUAUUUCGAUCCAGGAUGAGUUCUAACUUUUUAACCGUUGUUUUAACCCCAUUAAAACAUUAACAGCACCCACCCACUCCCCUUUUUCCUGCUUUCCUAGUUCCUGGCGAGACAGCAAGGCACAAGACUCUUGGUUUCUUGCAUAUGUGCCAGGGGGUACAAGGGAUGCUUUCGUUAGAGUAAUGUGACUGGGCAACCUCCUGCUUCCUGUUCCCAGACCAUGUGUUUGUGGCUUUCAAGCCAGGCAGACUUUGGCGUCUCCAGAAGCUUCAGGGACGGCAGGCAGGCAAGGGGAAGGUCAGCCACGCAUUUGUGAGUUUACUUAGGAUUGGAGGGUCUUUGUAUAUCGGUUCGCGUGUGUGGGUUUGUUUCUUAUAGUGGAAGGUAAGAUGCAUGUGUGCUUGGCAUGGGAUGCUUAUGUAAAUUUGUGUGUGCGUGCGUGUGUGUUUGGGAACUGGGUUUGUGUGUGCCUGGGAGGACAUAGAGUUGGGUAUCCAUGUCUAUAUGGUAUGUGUGUGUUGUGUUGUCUGGAAUUGGUGGGUGUGCGUGUGUAUGCGUCUGUGAUGUUUGUAUAUAUUUCACGGGACAGUAUUUUAGGUAUGUGGGGUGGGAGGAAGGAGGGAGGGGAAUCUAUGCCUUAUUCCCCUUUUGACCAAUCACACCUUGACGCAAGGGCACAGGUGACAUGCCCCAUGCGAUUCCCACUCCACAAAAGCACUUUUGUACGGCCUGUAGGCUUCUUUCGAAUCCUCAUGAUGUCAGAUUCCUUUUUUUAAUUUUAAGGAAGAAAAACAAUUACUGAUGGCGAUUCCUGCCCCCACAUUACUGGGGGGGGGGAAUGAGAACACUGCCUGAGCGCGAUGCAGACAAAUUGCACACGCAUUUGGGUCCUAUUGAUUUCAAUCAGAGUAAAGCUGAGCAUGCCGUUAACACUCCCCCACUGAACUCCGUGUGACCUCAAAGUCAUGCCCUGCUUUUAACUGCCUGAUCCUACUGCAUGUUUACUUGGAAGUCAAGUUGUACUUGGCUCGAUGGGACGUGCACAUAGGAUUGCAGCCUUAACCUCGUCUUUUCAAAGCCACUUUUUGAAGGUUCUGGAUUCCCUCGUGAGGUUUGGGAUCAGCCAUAUCUGGAUCUUGGCCACCCCAGCUGGCUGGCAUUCUCUUGUGGUGAGAUCCAGGUCUUCCCUCUACAUUACCAGGCACCGGCCAUCUUAAAGCAGAUGAUACUCGUGUAUGUAUAAAAUGAUAUGCAAAUGACUUGGAAAUAAUUCUCCACCUCCAAUAUGGUUUUCAGUGUGAAACGUGUGCCCUGAUUUAAGAGUUUCGGAUCCAGGACUGAUGGACAGUUGAACCUUUUGUUUUAACUGCAGAAACUGCACUAAUCUUGCCCUUUCUUUCUUUCUUUCUUUCUUUCUUUCUUUCUUUCUUUUGGUACUACUGCUGUGGCAAUGACUUCCAGACUGCCCCAGGUCCUUUACCCUCUUCUAUUUCCUAGCUUUACAUAGGAGCAGUUUGUUGCAGGCUGCUUCUUGUGUUGCAUUGCAAACACGUGUGAGCACAUUCCGAAAAAACUGGUGUCUAAAAACCCACGUAAAGCAUGGUGCUGGAACUGAAACCAGUGGCCCUGGUCUGUGUUGGGUUGGAAAGUCUUUGGGAGUUUUCACUGCAUAUUUAUUUGCUACAUGGGCAGAGCAGUCCUGUGGCCCCUUGGGAAGGGCAUCUCAGAGGCCAUGGGAAUCAUCUGGUUUCCAUUUCCAAGGAUGGGGAGAUUGAGAGAGAGUUCUGAACUGGGGAGGGUGUGAACCAAAGGAAGUCACCAGAAUACCCCACAGAGAAGAGAAUAAAUUACACCAGCUCCGUAGGGAUGGGGGAGAAAUUUGAUUCAGUUUGUGUUUAGAGCCAAAUCUAUCAGAUAUGCUCUUUCCAAAACAAUAAGAAAACUGAAACAUAAAAAUGAAUACAUUUGUGAAAGAGACAUACAAAAAUGCAUUGAAUUAGGAGAAAUUGUUUGCAGAAUUGUGUGUAUUAGGGGUUGUCCACACAUGCACUUUUCCCGUGCCUAGAAAGCCCAAGCCCAAGAGGUUUUCCACUUGCCCUGCCAUUUCUCCUGGGGAAAACCCGCUCUUUAAGCGUUGAUCUGAGCAAACAUCAAUCCACGGAAAUCCCAAUUGAUGUUUGCUCUGAUUCGACCCUAAAGAGUGGGUUUUCCUGGAGGAAAGUGGUGGGACAAGUGGAAACCGCAUACAAUGAUUAUUCUUAGAAGAAAUCAGCACUAACAUGCUGGUGAAUUUUCACACGGAUUACUUUUUAACUUGAAAGUUGCUGAACAAAUGUGGAGAAUGAAUUUAAGAUUGGAGAAAUGGAGAGAACCAAAAUGGACAGAUCUUUCAAUCUCUUGCCAGUUCAGGAGCUGGUGUGUUUUAUUGCUUUUUUAUUUAAUCUCCCUGGAGUAAUGGGAUGGAAAUAGUUUAAAACAAACAAACCAAAAAGCAGAAAAGGACGAAGGAGCACAGCAUAACCUCUCCAAUCUCAUUUCUGUUGGAUGUUGGAUCAGGCAGAAGAACUGCCUUUGGUCCUGUCCCCCACAACGCAGAGCCUUAGGAUUGCAGCUCGAAUGUCUAAAAUUGGGGGGGUGCUCAUAUUCACAAGUAAAUGCUAAUAACCCAAGAUGACUUUUGAGAAUGCCCGAAUACACAUUUCAGACACAGACAACUGCUGAUAGCUCUAUUUAGAUGUGUUCUAGCCAUGCGCAGCUUUUGCCUGGGUCUGCCGAUGUGCCUAUGUAAAUGUGACAAAAUUUUGCGCAUUCACAGCAGGCUCAUCAUAAAAAUAUAUACCUUCCAUGGGAGAUCAAGGUGCAUAUUGCUGUUCUGAACUUCUGGGCAAUUAGAUUGUAGAUGCAGUUUGGGGGCAACCACUGUGCCUUUCAAAUAUAAUGUUCUGUGCAACCCUGAAAAUGAUUCCUGACCUGGGAGACCGACUAUUCAAUUGUACAUUUGGCAGGAAAAUGGGUGAGACCUGCUUUGGCCUGGGCCCGACCUGCAGCAGAGCGAAGUGGCAUUUAUUUAUCAGAUAGGCUAUCCGGAUGGUUCGCAACCCAUUUCUGAGAUGGUAGAGUGGACUGUACCACCACAGAUUGCAGGUGGGAUGUGUCUGGGGUGUCCCAUUUUUGUAAUAGUCCCCUAUGUGAAAAAUCAGUGUGGCCAAAUGCAAAAGAGGAAGAGGGCUCCUGCGCCUUUAAGAGUUGUGUAGCCGAUUUCAGCAUGUGUCGCUUGCCACACGCACAACUCUCUUGCAUUACAUCUGGGCACUCUAAUGGAAAAAAUUGUAAGUAGAAAGCAGCACAACGGAAAACAGGCUGUGCAAGAAAUUGCCUCCCUGAUGCGUCAGUUUUCUUCCUGCAUUUCAUGGGUAAGCAUUUAACAAUGGUGUUCCCCACUUGUGGCUUGAAGUGGUGCAGUUAUCUCACUCCCCUUGGCAUUCUACCACCUCGUUUUGCUGCCUGCAUGCAAACAAACAAAACACCAAGGGAUUGCUUCCUAUUGUUUCCUCUGUGUGAUGUCUCCCAGGGUCUGGCAUCAAAGGGUUCUGGGGGGGGGGAAAGGGGCAGUCCCACAUUCUCUGAUGCUGUGAAGCUGUCACUGCCACGUGUGUCUGUGCCUGUGUUUCUAAAGGCCAGCAUUUACUCACUACCCUGAUGUGCUGCAUCCUUCUUUUCGGAUAUGAAUCGACCUCCCUUUCUUCCUGGACUCUUGUACUAAAUGGCUUAAAACAAAACCAAUUAACAAAUAAAGGCAAACUGGCAGCUUG